AUGAAUUUCAGAGGGAUUCUGAGGCAAAACAGCCACGACAGCUGUCUGCGGGAGGGCUCCCUGCGAUGGAAGGGCAGUCCCUGGCAGAGACGCUCUCUCAACAGUGAGAACAGCAAACACCUGAAGAAUGUCGUGGACACGGUCGGGACUCUGCCCAGAGGACGCAAGCAGGCCGCCUACUCUCGAUCAAACUCCCUGGUGGAUUACGCUGAUCCUCAGAGGACAGUGAUUAUGCUGGAAAAGCAGGACAAUGAAGCAUUCGGAUUUGAAGUUCAGACUUAUGGUCUUCAGAGGAAAAACAGCGGCAUGGUUGAGAUGUGCACCUUUGUGUAUAAGGUCCAGGAGAACAGUCCUGCAGAGACUGCCGGCCUAACGCCCGGUGACAUCAUCGUCACGGUCAACGGCGUCAGCAUGGAGGGCUGCAGCCAUCAGCACAUCGUGGACCAGAUUCAAAACUCCGCCAACUUUUUAACAAUGGAGACGAUGAGUGGAAACUUGCUGAAGAGGAUUGAGCUGGAGAGGAAGCUACAAAUGCUGAAGGAAAGCCAACAAGAAAAAUGGGCGGAGCUACGGGCAAUAACCUUACAGGAACAACGCCUUGUCCGGGACAAGCUGAAUGACAGCCCGCCCCUCCCCUGCCCGGACUCCCCCAUGUCCCUGGCCUCCCCAGUGGGGUGGGGCAGCCAGCGUUUCAGCAGCGACAGCAGCUGCAGAAGCAUCCUGACAGAGGACAGUGAAGACAGCUCCCCCCUGCCCUGCGUCUUUGAGGACUGGAACCCCUUCAGUCCGGUCGCCCCCGGCGACGAGCGCUUCUUCCCUGGGGACCUUGCCCUGGGCGCCUCCUGGCCCUCUCUCGCCCACGCCCACAGUGUCAAUCUGUCAGACAGCCGGGGCUCACUCUCGCCCUCCUGGGAUGCCCGGGGCACCUCCUCACCUCGCAGGGCCCUGCCCCAGAAAGCCAGGCGGGGCAGCGUCAGGAGAAAGUUCAUGAAAUUCAUUCCGGGACUCAACCGAUCUGUGGAGGAGGAUGAGGACGACCACUGACCUGUGGCCCAAAAGCGCCCCCUGCUGGUUCAGCAAGCGGAGUUUUUACUCAGUGCUGGAGCCGCAUCAUGUGAGCAUUACCCGCACAAGAAGACAUAGGACAAAACCAUCCACACACACCCAACACAAUCACUGGCCCCGUAACAAUGAUCACUGGGUAAAAACAUGGAGGGACACAAACUUUGGUCACAUUUUGCGCCUUAUUUUCAUUUCGGCUGAGUGACAUUCACUGCUGGCAAACAUUAACUGCCAGUGUCAUGACUGGAUAGACAGUGAAACCUGUAUUAUAAGAGUGAUAUCCUAUAAGCAUUAC